GACAGUGUUGACGGCUGGUCGCCGGGAGUAGGUCACGUGGUGUUGUGUCGGGACAGCAUGAAGCGGCCGAAAUUAAAAAAGGCCAGUAAACGCCUGUCUUGUCACAAGAAAUACAAGAUCCAAAGAAAGGUUCGUGAACAUAAACGUAAAGUACGAAAGGAAGCAAAGAAACAAGGAAAUAAAACUAAAAAAUUUCGAAAAGACCCCGGUGUUCCUAAUGAUGCUCCAUUUAAAGAAGAUAUUCUUCACGAAGCUGAACAAAGAAAACAAAAACUUGAAGAACUGAAGCAAAAACAGAAGCUUGCCAGGCAGAAAGAAGUUGCAAAGAAAAGGAAACUGGAAUCCAAGAAGGGAAAUCCUGAUAUUAUUGAGAAGCCUCUUAAGUGUGCUCCGAUAAAGGAACAGAAAACGCUAGUUAAAUUUGAAGAGAAAAACUCAAGAAAAUCUCUAGGUGGGGAACUGAACAAGGUGAUUGAUGCCUCAGAUGUGGUUCUAGAGGUGGUUGAUGCCAGAGAUCCUCUUGGUUACAGAUGUCCUCAGGUGGAGCAGGCAGUCUUACAGUCUGAGAGAAAGAAGCAGCUAGUCCUUGUAAUAAACAAAGUUGAUUUAGUGCCAAAGGAGAAUGCAGAGAGAUGGCUGAAAUAUUUGGGAAAUGAAUUUCCUACUGUAGCUUUCAAAUCAUCCACGCAUCUGCAAGACAGAACAAUGGUGAAGAAGAAAAACUUUAAUAUAGGUAUGGAAAUAUCCCAUAGCACUGUGUGUGCUGGUGAUGAAAAUCUUUUAAAUUUGCUUGGUAGCUACUGCAGAAUACAAAAAUUGAAAAGCAUUAAAGUUGGUGUUGUAGGUUUUCCAAAUGUCGGGAAAAGCAGUAUAAUUAACACCUUGAAGAAAAUGAGAGCUUGCAAUGUGGGACAAAUGAAAGGUCUUACAAAGUCUAUGCAGGAGGUACACAUUGACAAGAGGAUCAAAUUAUUGGACUCUCCAAGUAUUAUUGCUUCUCCAUCAAACUCUGCCAUUGCCUUGGCCUUGAGAAACAUUGCGAGUGUCGAUGCAUUUGAAAAUCCUACCGCUGCAGUGGAGCACAUAUUUAAGAACUGCAAUAAGCAGCAGGUUAUGUUACAGUAUAACAUCCCAGAUUUUCGAACACCAUUGGAAUUUUUAACGUUGCUGGCUCAGAAAAGGAGUAUAUUAAAGAAAGGAGGGAUGCCUGAUCUUGAAAAAGCUGCCAAAAUGAUCCUUAGUGAUUGGACUGGGACAAAGAUUAGUUACUAUACCCGUCCACCAGCGACAGAAAUAACCACAAAACGUGUGGAUGUAGCAGAAAGUGGCUUCAAUAUUGGAGAAAUUAUGAAAGGCAAUAUGAAUACACUUAAAGUUGUUAGAUGUCCAAAUGCAGCGAGCAGUAUAGUUUUCCACUCUACAGGACCCACAAAUGGAUUCCUUGCAAAAAGAGACUCUAAGGAAUUGCAGAAUGCGGGGGAAGAAGAGGAUGAUGAAGAAGAUUCAGAGAUAACAACUUAAUU